CCUCCACCACCUCGUCCGCGGCCUCCUCCACCGCCACGUCCCAGACCUCCUCCCCCUCCACCACCGCCACCACCGCCGCCUAGAGUGUCGACCCCGGCGCCAACAUAUUUACCACCUUAUACUGGUGUUAACUAUGGUAGUUCACCAAGCUACAAUACUCCGUCUUAUGGUACGUCGGACUAUAGUCCAGUGGCGAAAUUUAGUGGUCCAGUGACGUCUACGACGCCAGGUUACUACUCAAGUCUUGGUAACACGGCUUUUGCCUCAUCAUCAGCCACUGCAAACGCUGGGAUAUCACCAGUCGCCAAAUACAGCCAACCAGUCGUGAGUUCAAAUUUUCCAAGCACUUUUACAAGUAGUACCUUGCCAUCGACAACUGCAUCUUCGUCAUCUUCAGCAGUAACGUCUACACCUGGUACAUCAACUGAGUCGACCUACCAGACGCAGUUGACUUCCUCGUCCUCCGCUAAGCCCAGUAGUGAAAGCAGUUCGUUACCAGUACAGACAACAGCAGCGUUAGGCUCAACACCUUCGCAGUCCUACAGCAGUUCAUCAAACAGUUACAGUUACCCUUCACCAACUGUAGCAUUUACAGAAUCCGUAACUCAAAGUUCAUCUAUGAUAGCUCAACCGUUCUCAAGUCAAUCGCCAACUACUUUAUCUACGUCAACUUCAAACGCAUCAUCACCGUCGACUACUAUUGGAUCAACAACACAAUCUCCAAUUACAAGUUCAACAUCCAAUCCGGCCAGCGAGUAUUCGACAACGUCAGGACCAACUACACCUUCUGUAUCUAUUAUCGAAUCAACUAGUCAAUCUUCACCAACUCCUACUACAACGCAAGCAUCGACUACUACUUACACAACGUCAAGUACGACACCAUCCUCAACGGCUUUUACUGCUACAUCUGUCACGGAACCAAGUUCGCUAGUAACUACAGGAACUUCGACAUCAACCAGCUCCUCAACGUAUGAUUACUCAACUCAAGAUUACUCAUCAAAACCUUCCACUUCAAUAUCUCCAGAUUAUUCUACUCCGACUAGUAGCUCGCAGCCAAUACCUUCUGUAACAUAUAAUUAUCCUUCCCCAUCAACUCCUCUUCCGCUACCGUCAACAUCCACUCCAUCACCGCCACCUUCUCCUCCGUCAUCAACUCCAUCGCCGUCGCCAUCUACUCCAUCACCACCGCCCUCUCGUCCACCAUCCACUCCAUCGCUGCCACCCUCUCGUCCACCAUCCAGUCCAUCGCCGCCACCCCCACCACCACCUCCACCACCUCCACGUCCUCCACCACCUCCUCCUCCACCAUCUCAGCCACCACCAACUUCACUAACCCCACCUGUUACAUACAGUUAUCCAUCUCCACCACCACCACCACCUCCACCACCUCCGCCUGUAACUUACAAUUAUCCAUCGCCGCCACCACCACCUUCUCUGCCUGUAACUUACAAUUAUCCAUCGCCGCCUCCUCCUCCACCACCACCAAGUUAUAAUUAUCCUGCACCCACCUACUAUUAUCCUUCUCCAUCUCCAAGGCCACCGCCACCGCCACCAAGACCAAGGCCUUCAAGACCGAGACCUAUAAUAACUCCGAAACCAAUUCCACCUCGAGCUACUUAUUUACCACCUCCAAGGCUUACACCUCAACCUAGGACGUAUUUACCACCUCCAACCCCUACUCCACAAACUUUUACUUAUUCACAACCCCCAGCUCCUCAAAGUAGACUUUAUCUCCCACCAAGACCUGCUCCAAUGUAUUUGCCACCCAUGAGAUGACACUCGCUCUUAGAUUUAGAAACUAAUUUAUAAACGUUAAGUUUGUAAUACGUUCUCUGAGAUAUGCAAAGAUAGAACUGAUAUUUAAUAUUUAUUGUUUAGGAACAUGCAAUAUAAGUUAACAAUUCCAAACCUCUAAAGGGUAUGAUAUAACUUCUUAUCACAGUGAACGUGUUUAACGUAUAUUUUAUGUAUAAAGUAUCUUUUGUACAAAACUUUACUUACGUGUAUGCAUGUAAAAAGAAUAAAAUACUAUCAUAAAUAA